UUUCAGAAUAUUGAAAUAUAUGCCGAGUUGUCAGUUGGAAAAUUGCCCAAAGGCUUAGAGCGCAGAACAGCAAUAAGUGCCAGAAAUGAACACGUGCUGCUGGGGGGCAGAAGCAGGCACGGUGGCGCAGGGCCCCCAUCUCCUUCUCUCUCCUAGUCUCCCCCGCCCCCCGGAGAACAUGCCGACUCUGAUCUCCGCGCGGCCCCUGGCUCUGCUGCUUCUGCUCCUGCAGCCACUACAAUUUAAGAUUUUGCAUGUCGGUCUCAAUAAGUCAGAGGAAGAGAUAGAACAGUUUGAAGAUUACUUGGAGGAACUGCACAGCUCAGGACCUGCCAAACCUCUGACCAAGCAGGCUUUCCAAAGACGUACGAUUAUCGAUCCUGAAAGACCACUAAUUGAUCCAGACUACUGUACUGAUGAAAUGAAGAUGAAAAAUGUUCACGACAAAUUCCGCUGUGUCAGAGAACAUUUCUUCCUCCAAACAGCAUAUGAGGACUUGCAAAAGAUCUGUAAAAACAUAUUUGUGCCUUGUAAGAAUGGAGUUAAGAAAUGUCACAGGAGCAGGCAACUAGUAGAAGGGGUGUAUUGUAAUUUAACGAGAGGAGCUAGAAUGUCAGACUGUGAAUAUGAAUCUUCUUAUAGGAAGGGCCAUGUCCUUAUCACUUGUCAAUGGCAAGAGGAUAUUCAAGAAAUUAUUCCUGCUUACGUGAAUGAUAUUAUGGUUUUAGAUACUGAUGUCAAGGGUAAUAGCCCCUUCCGCAAUGAAGCGUAGUGGCCGUUCUAAAAGAGCAUUCCCUAAAAAAUCAGGCAUCAGAGGAUGUCACCUGCCCAAGCUGAUUCUUGCAAGUUAAAAUCGAGAAUG